AUGUCGUCCCCCCACUCAGCAUCCUCGAUCCAUAGCUUGAUUAAUCAAGCUCUAGGUGUCUCUGGAAACACAACCUCAGACAAUUUCAUAUCGAAGUCCCUUGAUGCUAGAACAGAUGCUUCUUCCCGAUCGCCGCAAACUACCUAUGCUGACCUUUCUAUUAUUGCCUCACCGAACGAAACCCGUUCCGGCCCCAUUGGCAUAUCUCAACAUCCACUUGGAAACAUUACCGAAGCCGCUUCAACCGAGACAUCCGCCGGUAUAGCUCCACAGCAUCUUCAAUUCAACACAUUCUCACACCAGACUCCCUUGAAUAAUCCCCAAUAUCUCCACCGAGGCGGUGGUGAGAGUAGGAACGCCCUACUUUUCUCGCACACUUUUACUACGGCGGAUACACCCGUCCGGGACGGUUACGAAGCUCUUGUUUCGUCAAUGCCCAUUGCGUUAUUCAUUCCACCCCGGCAUAUCCCAGAACUAUGGAUUUUCCCAGCUCCACAAUCGUCUGAUGAUCCUAAUUCUGAUUUGCGAACGGACCCAUACGCUCUGCAGCGUUAUCUUGCAGAAUCUUACACCGAAGAUCCAUAUCCGUUCCGGUGCAGAUUACAACUCAGAGGGCCGUAG